GGGAAAUAAGAUGCAGUCGCAACAGCAGUUGGGCGGGCCGCUGCACCAGAAUGGGGGUGCUGGUGCCGGGCAACCGCAGCAACAACAGAACAACAACCUUGUUCUCGAAGAGGAAAUGGACGAGAACUACGAACCUACGGAGGAAGAAAUUGCCGAGUACGCCGCGUGGCUGGGAAUGGAUCUGGAAAAGGACAAGGACCUCCUCUGGAUCGCGAAGGAAGGCCUGAAAGCUCCGCUUCCCAACCCGUGGAAACCUUGCCAGACGCAGGAGGGGGAGAUCUUCUACUUCAAUUUCGAGACCGGCGACUCGGUCUGGGACCACCCGUGCGACGAACACUACCGGAAAGUCUUCGACGAGGAAAAGAAGAAGCGGGACCAGAUCGCCAUUCAGGCACAGGCAGGGAAGCGGUAGUACUGCUGUAGUUUGGGCGACGGUUUUUAGUAGUGCAACUGCAAUAAACGGGUCGAAGACGAACCAAUAGAUACAAAAAAUAGAUGCAUGGAUUGUUAAGUAGCAUAAUUCAUGGCAAAAAAAGAAAUAGAGAAGUGAACAAACGCGUAGCAGAGGCACUGCGUCCUCGUGCGAAAUCGUGGCCAGGAUUCUGACUGUGACACGUAUGUGCUUUCUGAAGUAAAAAUUUGAGUUUCCACGGUAGUUGUCCAUCUGUGCAACAACUCUACACAGCUCCUCGGCCGCUCAGGACAGCAGUUCUGACGCGAAGGACAAAAAGGAAAAGAAAAAGAAACGAAAGUCCUCUGUCGCGACCGAACUAGCCCCGCCAAUGCCCACGCCCCGAGCUAUGGCCGCGACGACUACGGGAAGUUCUGCUGGCCGACCCUCGUCCAGUCGAAGCCGAUUGAACUCUGCGAGGGAAGAAGGUUUAUUUGCUUUUCGUUUUCGGUUCAACCACCAUGGUCAGUACGUGUCUAACACACUAUGAUAAGUAACUUACGUGUGAAUUAUGUUAUGCAUAGUUGAGUUGCAGCAUGGAUUCUGAAGAAUUUUUCCGACAACGGAAGCAAAAAACGAACCACACCAGCUGCCGAGCUGGCCACACCAAGAAUCAGCCCGAGUCUCGAGCUAAGCGAGGCAGACCUACGAUUUCAACAACGAGAAAUGGAGUUUAAGGACAAAGAACUGAAGAUGGAGACCGAAUUCAAGUAUUUUUUCGUACUCAAGAAUACUCCCACUCGCAUGCUGUGCCUGCUUUUUGCUCUUAUAAAGAAUCGAUUCGCUUUAUUGCACGUUCUAAAUUCAGUGUGGAAAAUUAAUGCGAAUUAUGUCUGUAGUUUGAAGUCUCUCAGUUUGUAGUACUUAUCUUCAACGAUACUAUAACAUAACGAUAGCUGAACGCAUGAUCUUGCAGGAAGCGUCGCAAGGAGAAGGAACGGGAACUGGAACAGAAGAUGAAGCAGGAUCUGGAACUGAAACUGGUCGAAAUGAAGCAGCAGAUCGAGAAAGAUUUCGCUCACGAGCGCCAGGCAUUCGAGGAGAAGGAAGAGCGCACGCUGGCGCAGUACAAGAGCAAAGUGCUGCAGGAGAAGCAGUUAGCGGAGGACUUCGCCUUGAUCCAAGAAAAACAGGAAGCACUGCAGCGCGAAACGAGGGCCGCGCAGGAAGAAGCGGCUGCGGAGAAGCAAAAAGCGCAGGAGCUCGCCGCGGAAGUGGAGGAGAAGAAAAGCGCGGCGGCUUUACUGGAACGGAAACUGGCGGAGGAAAGAAACGAGUUUGAGAAAAAACUGCUUACCGAGAAGGAAAAGCUGGACGCUAAGGUGAAGUCCAUCGAACAGAAAUUGCGGGAGGAGAAGAAGCAGGCACUGGACGCGGCGGAUGCACUCUCUUCGCGGCAGAAGCAGGCGCUCGAGGAGCGGCUCCGGCGGGUGAGCAACCAAACCAACGAAGAAAAGGACUACCUGAAGAUGCACUACGAGAAGAUGCUUCAAGAUUUGGAGAAAAAGUGCGAAAAGCUGCAAAGCGAAAACACGAUGCUCGUCGCCACCUCGCGAGGAAAGAUGCUAGUAACGGGCUCGGCGUCAAGCGGGGAACUUUUACCAGAUAAAAAAGAAAAGGAGCAGGACCAAAUGAAUCUUGGUCUUGAAGAACAAGCUGUUCAAAGCAGUUCAGCAUCUGCCGAAGUGGAACUACAAACCGCAAGACAAGACAUCGCGGUGCUGGAACAGAAAGUGCAGCUUCUCGAGCAGCAGAAGCAGGACGAGCUGGCGGAGUUCAAGCAGACCAAGCAGGAGUUGCAGAAACAGGUUGAUUUGUGGGAAUCCAGACACAAAACGGCCAUGGCCAGGGCCGAUGAGCUGGAGCUCGUGAAGAUCCGACAGGAGCAGGCGGUCGACUCGCUGAAAAACUCGCUCCGGUUCGCCGAGGUGGAAAAGACGGAGUGGGAGCAAAAGUUCGAGGAGGCAACGAGAGAGAAAAACGCACUGCUCACCGAGAAGUCGGAGGUCAUUCUGGAAAUGAAGGAACAAAACCGCGAUGAGGUGGACCGGUUGCGGGCGCUCGUGGACGCACUGCAGCUCGAAAACACGAAGUUUGAAAAGGAAAACGAAAAGCUAUCUGCGAAAACCAAAGAACAAGACGCGGAACUACAACUACAAAAUGGGCCCGCAAGUACAACAAAACGGAACGCCGACGCAGAAGUGCGGGAAGCGCAGCAGAAAGUCGAGCUUCUGGAGUUGCAAAAGCAGGAGUUGCAGAACAAGCAGAAUGCGAUGGAGAGUCUGCUACAAAUUGAAAAGGCCAGAAAACAGGAGAUUGAAGAGCAGAAAAACGACCGGAUCCAGGAAAUCGAGUCCCGGCUGUUCCAAGCGGAAACCAGGGCCAUUGAGGCGGAGAAAAAAAUCUUGGCCGAGCGCGAGGAGCUUCUCGCGGAGAGGGCUGCGAUGAACAAAAGGACCGAAGCCGAAGCCUCGCCUUCAUCCACCCCCGAGGACGAACAACGAAGGCCGCAGGACGCCGGGGUUUCAUCACUUUCGCGCCGGCAUCAAGUGGAGGUAGACCGAGAGAGCACCAAAAAAUCCUCGAACGACACGAUAUUCAACGACCAGCAGUCCAAUCUUUCCUCGAAGGGGCAUCAAGAAAACGAAAAUCCCUCGUCGCAGCAGUCGCAUCACCAACCGGGGGUUCUCCCGAUGCUCAGCAGCCCCGAGCCCAACGCGUCAGACGACGGAACGUAUGCCGUCUCGGAUAAAUCCGCGGGCAUAAAGUUUUUCGAGGGCGAGCAGGAGAUUGACCGAUCCGAGGUCAUGGAGUUACGGGUGGAGAAGCAAAAGCUGAGAGAGGAACUAAACGAACUGCGGGUGAAAUUGACGGAGGAAAAGCGGACCAAGGAGGAAGAGGCAAAGGCGCUCGCCACGGACUACGAAGCCCGGCUUUCGGAGUACGAAAAGUCUGCAGAGCAGAGUAAGGAGAAGCACGCAUUUGAGCUGAAUUUGAAAACGCAGGAGCUGCUGAAUUACGACCGGGAGAUACAGAGCAAAACGCGCGAGUUAGACCUGAAGCAGGUCGAGUUUGAGAACGAAAUCGAAGCGAAAGACGCCGAACUGGACUUUUUGAAACAGCGGGUCAAAGAGCAACGCGAACAGCUGAUGAAGCGAAGUAGAGAGCGACAGGUGGAGGCAGAAGUGUCUGAUACAGCUGCGCAAACCUCACGUCGCAAUGCUGACCACCCUUCGACCACCGAAGAGCAACUGCCAGCAGACGAACCUCCCGCGAUUCAACAGGAGAGUGCGGGUCCACAGUUUUUCAAGGCCAUUCCAAGGGACAUCCUAGCGCGAAGCCCACCUCAAGCGACGAAAGCCGAUACGCUCUCGCCUUCCACGAGCAGCAAGGUGCGCGAGCUCGAAAGAGAGAAUGAACAGUUGCACAACGAAAUUUUGAGCAUCAACCAGGAGGUGGAGAAGCAGCGACUGAAUUUCGUGCAGCAACUGCAAGUAUCAACCGUAAAAAUGUCUGGGUCUGAAAGGAUGCAAGGUCUGUCAUGCACAUUUUGCAUGACUCCUGAUGUCUGUGAUGUAUGCCCUAGCAUCACAGAUUUUGUGAGGGCUUCCUGAUGCCUAUAUCGCAUGAGAAAUGCCCUCUCCCCCUGGCAAAAACUGGACCUCUUUUCCUGUUCAUGCAAUACAGAUUUUUGUAGAAUUCAGAGGCAGCAUCACAAAUUGCAUCCUUCCAGACCCAGACAUAUUUGCAAUGCAUAGCAAGAGUCGCAGCAGCAGCUGGUGACGGCCACGGUGAAGAUUACCGAAUCCGGUCUGCAGUUCGAAAAGAUGCAAGCUUCGAAGGAAGGUCUAGAGAGGGAACUGGCAACUACGAAGACGGAGCUCGCAAGCAUCCAGACGGCCAUCGCCAGGGAGGCGAAGCUGCAGAAGCAAAUGACUCCGAAAAAGUCCGAGGAGAGUUCGCCCCGGCGGUGGAAGAACGGCAGGCAGUUGAAGGACGUCGGCACAUUGGCGGAUGGAGAGGACGCAAAGGAAGACGCGUUUUCUACGUCCGACGCCGCAACCGGAACCGAGACGGAAGGCGAUAACCAAAAGCAGAAAGCGAACGCAGCGACCAACACGUCGUCGCCUCCUGUGAAAUUCGAAUCCCAGGAGCCUUCUUCAACGUCCGAGACAGACCAGCUAGUACAACAGGCGAAGAAGACAGGAACAACAAGCACGGACGUAGUAGACGAAGAGACGAGAGCGGACGUAAAGAUCCUGGAGAAUCUGCUGCAGAAAAGCAAGGCCCAGCAUGAGGAAAAGUUGCAGCGAAAGGAAGCCGAGCUGGAGCAGAAGCUGCAGUUGAUGCAGGUGGAGCUCCAAAUGCAGAAGCAAGCCCUGCAGUUGCAGCUAAACGAAGAACGCGAGUCUUUGGAACAGCACGUCUUGUCCCUGAAGGACCAACUCGGGAAAUCCGAACUGUUGGUGGUGGAGAUGAAGUCAAAACUGAAGGACGCAGAAGGUGGCAAAAAGGCACACAUACAAAUACCACAAGAUGUUGAAGUGCGCGACUUGAUGGCAGAGAGGUUGAAGCAGGCGGAGGCCGAAAAGAAAACCGCAACGGAAAAGUUGGAGAGAGAGAUUGCGGAUUUGCAGAAACAGGUCGUACUCCUUCAGAAGACCGCAGACGAGGCGGACGAGCUGAGGGAUGAGGUGGCUGCACUGAAAGCAAAGGCGCCGAGUAGAGAUGAGAACACCAACGGAGCUGCUGGCCACGAGAAAGCAUCAACUUCCCGACUAAGUGCGGAGACCCUGCUGCAGCAGCAGAUCGACAAGUAUCAGACGCUGAAAACCGAGAAGCUCGAUGUGGACAAGAAACUGCUCGACGUGAAGGCGCAAUUUGACGUGAAGGACGAGCAACUGUUUAAAACACUGGAGGAGCGCUAUGAAACUGCACGGCUCGUGUCUCUCCCCCUCAUUUGUCAUGUAGUAACUGUAGGAUACAAUUACAAACACAAAGUGCAUUCUUUGCCUGUUGACAGUGCUUGCAUGCCAACAAUUCUGGAAAAAGAAGAAACAGGAACAGCACGACCAGAAUCCUCUGCGAACCGCCGGCACUUCUGUUGCUGCGGACUACACCAGCCAAAUGUACUGAUAGGAGGGGGGAGUAGAAGUUUUGCAGUUCCACAAACGUGCGGACUUGCAGCGGAAGGUGAAGAAGCUUGAAGCGAGUAAUGCAGUCCUGAAGGAACAGAGCACGAAGUCCGUCAUUGAUUUGGAAGAAACGAGGGCGGAAGCGCAAUCAAAAUUCAACAUCGAGGAGACGAAGCAUCUGUCCAAACUCCGCCGGUUGACCGCCGAGCACGAGGAGGAGUUGAACAGCGUACGCGAGGAGGCGCGGCUGGAUUUGAAGCGGUGCGUGCAGCAGAACGAGCAGAAGUGGCGGUCGCAGGUCGCGGAACUGGAAGAGGCGCACGAGCGGUUGCGCAAGAUUCACCUGGAGAAAGACCGGCGGAGACAAGAGCUGGCAGCCAUGGCAGGGGUUCCCCCGGGCACGACUAGCGCGAGUGAUAGGAAGGAAAAUGCAUCUGGUCUUGCGGGUUCGCGUGCAGCAGCUAACGGGGACGAGCUUGGAGGAGCCGAUGGGUCCUCGUCCACCUCAACAUCUGCCGAGGUGAUUACGCUGAAGAUGAAGAAACAGCACUUAGAGACGGAAGUCGAGACGUUGCAGUCCGAAGUCGACGUGUUGUACGAGCAGAACAAGGAGAAGAACUCGAAAAUUUUGCAGCUCGAGCACGAUCUGGCAACUGCGAAACAGGCGAGCGAAAGUCAAGUGAAACAAUCCGAGAAGCAGCGGGAGAAGCUACUGGAGCAGCAGCAGCAAAAGUUCCAAACGGAGAAGGUGGCACUGCAAACCGAAAAGAAGGUGUUGGAAGAGGCCUUCGAGGAGAAGGCGGACGAAGUGCGGCGACUGGAACAGCUUCUCGCAGACAAGGUCCGGGACAAGGAGAAGCAAAUCCGGGAGCUGAAGCUCGAAAUCGCGAAACUGACCGAGAUCGAGAAGGAUUUCCGAAGACUAGACGGCGUGUCAUCUUCUACCGCUGGGCUUGUCGCGUCCUCCGCGAUGGUCGUGUCAGGAGACCACGCGAUCGCGGCGGGCAACGUAAUCACGGACCCCGACAACUUUCUGAGUCCGCGCAGCCAGAGCAGUGGUGCGCUUGGUCGUGCUGGUGCCAAGGAAGAGGUGUUUACGACGCAUUUCCAAUCGUCCAGCAGUCGCAGUAGACCGUUAUUGCACAGCGAAGAGCAUCAGGGUGACGUAACAACGACGAAGAAGAACAACUUCCAGCAACAGAAAAAAACUCUCCAAACUACGGCUGUGCUGAAGAAGUCCCUGACCGACAGAAUGGCGCUUCUGCAGAACAAGCUCCACGCGGUCGCGAAGGAAAAGCAAAAGCUGAAGCAAACCAAGCAGGAACUGGAACGAGAGCGGGACGAAUGGCGAAGGAACUGGAGCGCGCUGAACGGACCAGGAGAAAAGGACCAGCAACAAAAGACCUCGGAGGAAGUUAAAGUUUUGCAAGCCACCCGCGAGGACAAGGAGGAGCGGAUGCAGAAGCUGCAAACGCAGAAACAAAUCUGGAACGAGAGGAAUCAGGAACUGAAUUCGAAUUUGAAGCAAACCCGGGAGCAGGAGAAGCGGUAUGAGCAACAGAGGCAGCAGGUACUUUCUGAGGUGCAGAAACUGACAAAUAACCACCACUACCGAGACGACGCAAAUUUGGCAAGAAGACCUGCUCCAGGCGCACAGUUCGACUUUGACCAAGGUGGGAUGUUGCUAAACUACAGCAAUAAAGUUAUCGAGCAGGAGAAUUAUGCGACCUCCAUCUCCGAGAUAGCAACGGCCGACGCGGAAGAGAUAACGGUCGACCAAGACUUAAUUCAGUUGCCCGUGCUGGAAGACGAAACGGUCCAGGAACCAGGAGAGUCGGAGUUUGAGAUUGACCUGACAGAGAAAUUCUACGCCCAAGCGCCUAGUUCAUCUACUCGCACCAGUAACGGCAAGAAAAUGAAGACCUUCGAGCCGCCAAGUAGAGAGGGCGGAACUUCGUCGUCGUCCAAUGGACGGGGCGGAGCGGCGACGGCCGGGGUGGAAGCUAGAAGUGCUCGAAGAGUACUAGACCGGAACAGCAACAACAAAACGUCAAAUUCUUCGUUUCGCACGAAGAGCUUCGCGACCGCACGAUCGUACGAACGAGCGACGGCAUUGCGGCACGCCCUGGAACAAAAGCUAGAGUACGAGAAUUUCGCAGCACCCGGGAGCCGCUGGGAUAAUUCCGCCCAUCACUCCGAGCUCCUUGCCAAGACCGAGAGGCACGAAAUUCGCGUCGCAGAAAACAGGCUCAAGGAGUCCAUGCGGAGUGCCGGUAUUCGCUUUUGCAGUUAUUUUUGGAAUAUGACAGGAGGCUGAAGCAAAAUGCGCUUCGCUUCGCACGUAAAACUAAAUUGAAAAGCCCGCGUAGGAGAGAAUGGACGCGCUGCGUCGCUAGUCAUGCAGCACAGUUUUACUACGAAUGGGAAUGAUUAGGAUCAUAUCUCCUUUCACGACAGCUUCCGAGCGCGAGCGGGAGCCGCCGGUAUGGUUUAAGGAUUCCCUGACCGGUAAUAUGUCAGGCUUUGCAGGAGGCCCGCAUGCGGGCGCAACAACCCAAUCGGCUUUGGCCGGUGCAUCUUCUGCGACGUUGUCAGGUAUUGGGACUUCGUACCAGCACCACAUGCAUCCAGUCGGAAGCAUGAGUCCCCGAGACCGUAAAUCCAUCGAACACUGGCGAGACAGCCGGCAACUGUUCAAGGAUAAGCUCGGCCAGCACGUCUCGUGGAUGCAAGGCCUCGCCAAUGAGGCCAAAGCGAUGAAGCAUCGCGCUUGGUCCGCACGAGGGGACCGGUGAUAGAAAAUGACAUUUUUUUGUAAAAAGUAGCAAUAGUAGAAGGACCGAAGUACAAGCAGGUUUCGUCAUUUUUCCAUUUGCAUCAAUUUCAACACUCCAUGAUUAAAUAAACGUAAGUUCUAGAAGCACUUGCUCUGCCUAUGCCAUAGUUAGUUUGAAGUAUGUACAAGGUAGGACGGUCAUCAUGAUCGCGAUGACCGCCCCAGCAUGUUUAUUAUGUCCCCGAAUGCAUCCUAUGCAUUUUUGGGUGCCCGGCUUACUUCCUGACGGUGAAUCAGAAUUCUAUCCCAAUGCAGUUUUUUAGCAAGAUGAGCAGUACAGUAGCUAGUCCGUUUGACAAUGAUAGAACGCAGUUUCCGGCGUUGUCCUGAUCAGAAGUUUCGUUUCGUUUUUAUCUAUCGCUACCAUUAGGUGCAGUCAGAUUGUUUCAACGUCGAUGCAACUUCUAAGUGCGCUGCUUGAACUUUCAAUUUAGUGCAAAAUGGUUUUUAUGCAAAUUUUUUCGUAGUAAACGUAUAUAAUGAACCGAAAACGACGAUGAAGAUCAACGUGGAGGAGCGACAGUAUGAUGACAAGAAACGGGAGCGGAGUAAAACCAAAAGAAUCUUCUUCAGAAUGCAGCCACUAGUUGGCGGGGAGUUAAAAAAUAAUGGCCCUAGAAGUAGUUUCAGCAGAAAU